AUGGAGGAGAUUCCGAAACGAAACAAGAGACAAAUUUCGAUCGACAGUAAGCCCCGUGUUCAACUAGGAACUGGUGGAUUUGGCUCCGUAUUUAAAGGGAAGUACAAAGGCCGGCCAGUCGCAGUCAAAAGAGUUUUGGUGCAAAACUGCAAUAGAAACGAAGAAGAAGCCAUGAAACAGUUGAAUCAUCCAAACAUCGUCAAACUAUUUCAUUGUGAAAGUGACAAAGACUUCGGGUACUAUGCAUUGGAAUUGUGUGUCGCCUCGUUAGAUAAGCUGUUCCUGGAGUCGGAUGACCCCAAGAAAUACAACGGACCUAUGCCACGUCAAAUCGACAGUUUUCUUCAAUUAGCUUCAGGCAAUAAAAUUGUGGUAACACUUAAAUGGGCAGAUUUUGGGUUGUCCAAAUCCGUAAAUGAGAGGGGAACUUGCUCGAUGAGUGCAUUAAAAGGAACCAGAAAUUGGAUCGCUCCCGAAUUACUGAGACCUACAUUGGAUGGUAGGGAGUGUCGAGGAGACAUCAAAAGUGACGUCUUUGCACAAGGCCUCGUCUUUGGUUGUAUUUUCUUGGACGGGGAACAUCUAUACGGAUCGAAACAAAAUAAAGAAGAAAUUCUUAAAAACAUAAAGGAAGGGAAUCCCGUCAAUAUGCAAAAAAUUAACAUCUUUUUACGUAACCUUUACGAGAAUGAUCUACUUCAAAAAAUGUUGGAAAACGAACCUAUUACUAGGAUAACAUCGACUGAAGUCGUCAAACAACUACAAUCUAUCAAAGAGAAGCUUACUGGAAAACAGGAAAAAUUACGUCAACUAUGUUCUGGCAACUCUCAAUUCGAUCUAACAGGAAAUAUCGAAGAGUUGAUCCAGUUCCAAAUCGACGUGAACGCAAAGAACGUAAACGGACGUAAUGCGCUUCACUUGCUGUGUAGAGACAAUUCAAGCAAAAAUUUAACCACCGCAAUCCAAAUCUUGAUCCAGUCCGGAAUCGACGUGAACGCAAUAAACGGAGGGAAAAAAUACAUACGGUGGAUAAAUGGUUUUGUUGUGUAA